GUCGUCGUCGACUAGACUGACCAACGCCUGCAUUUCCAUAUCUCCAUCUCCAUCUCCCACCUCUCAAUCCAUCACAAACUCCACACUCACACUCUCUCUCGUCUUCAAUACUGCAUUCCUGAAGCUCAACACCACCAUCAAUGGCUUCCACCUCUGCCGUCUCGAUGGCCAUGCCGCUGACUCACGGCAACCUCCGGAAGCUGCCAAGCUCUGACGCGUUCGUCAGGCCAUUGCCGACUGUUGUUGGGCCAUUGCGAGCGGUCUGGGCCUCCGCCAAGUUCCAGGUGAACGCCUCGCUCAAGGAGAAGGCUAUCGCCGGCGCCACAGCAGCCGCCGUGGUGGCGUCCAUGGUGGUGCCGGAGGUGGCGGAGGCCGCGGUCUCGCCGUCGCUCAAGAACUUCCUGCUCAGCAUUGCCACCGGGGGAGCCGUGUUCGGCGCGAUCGUCGGCGCAGUGAUUGGCGUCGCCAAUUUCGACCCCGUCAAGAGAACCUGAUCCAAAGUCGUCGGAAACUUGGGAGCAUGUGUAGUCUCUCUUUUCAUAAGUACACAUGCUGGUGUCCUGUCUGAAACAAAUUUACUAUCUUUAUACGAUCUGCGGCCGUUAUGAC